AAACCCAGCAUGCAGUAGGUCAUAGGGCAGUUUGAGUUGUUCCAUCCUGACCGGUGCUGGCGCAUUCUGGCGACUCCAUCUUGACAAUGUGCAUGAUGCGAUGGCGACGGAUGCUGCUGGCUGUGGCGCUGCUGACUGCAAGCACUCGUGGUCAGGACUCCAUACAGUGCAGGAACAGUCUUGUGGAGAUGUUGAGAGAUCCGAAUUGGAUGCAUGUCAACAACUCUCAAACUCGCUGGUGUCGCUUGCGGUUGGAAAACACCAUGGCGACCUGCUGCAGGAUUGCAAACUUUGCGGAUGGCAAGGGUGAAGACUGCUCUGGGUGUACAGCUUUGUGUCUCCACCAAAACAUGAUCACGCUCUGCAACCAGCACUUUGGACAGGCAUGCGUGGUGAGGCGCAAGCCCUUCUUCAAAACAGGUGCACCAGACGUUGAAGUGCACGAAACCUUCUGUGUUCCACAGGAGUGCAACAAUGGCCCAGACAGGGACGCGUUGAUCUCACGGUAUGGUGCCUCGUUUGCAACCGACAGAUUUGGCUGGCACCUGGACUACAAUGAGGCUGUGCUGGAAUGCCCCAGUGGAGUGAUUGGGCCUAUCAUUGUCACCGUUGUCGUGAUCGCAUGUAUUCUUUUAUGUAUUCCUAUCUCGAUCUUCCUCUUCAAGGCUCCCAAAGAACGUGGCCGGACCUUGAUCUCGCAGGAGCAGAUGCAGGCCGAGUCCAUGCGCGAAGACGACGACUUGCGAGGUGCUGGUGCAGGUGGCGACACACUGGGCAGCUCGGGCAUGCAAGCGACCAGGUAGGGGUGGAAAGUGCUGAAUUUGCCAAGGGAGCUGCUAAAAAGUUCAGAAUGCAGAGAUUGAUG